AUGGCUAGUGUCUUAGAAAAGAAUAAGGUAACAACAAGUGAAGAGGAGAUGAUUGAUGUGGAACCAUCAUGCAAUGGUAUUUCUGAUGUUGGUCUGAAACAAAAGUUUGUUGAUAGAUUGGUUAACAAAUGUAAGAGGAAAAAAAGUCAUCUAAUGAGUUGUUUGCAAAAGAAAACUGGUAGUAGUAAUUUCAUUGAUGAAAGCUUGGAAGAGAAAGUGUCUAGUUUUAAACAGUCUUUGCAGUUUUCUGGAGCAAGAAAAAGAUUCAUGUCAGGUUGUAAAAAUAAAGAUUUAAGUUUGUAG